UCGUCAUACGUGGCAAGAAGCCGGUGUAAUUUUACGUCGUCGUGUAGCGUGUCAUUUUGUUGACUGUGUCUUUUUCCACGCCAGGCUAUUCGCCGUCAAUAAAGUCAGACCUGUGCAAAAAAUGGCCACCUAUCAAGAAUUUAUUCAGCAAAAUGAAGACAGAGACGGAGUGCGUUUCAGCUGGAAUGUUUGGCCAUCAAGUCGACUAGAAGCAACUCGGAUGGUUGUGCCGUUGUCCUGUCUUUUUACUCCCAUUAAAGAGAGGCCAGAUUUACCGCCCAUUCAAUAUGACCCUGUCCUGUGCACCAGACCAACGUGCAGAGCUGUGUUAAACCCAUACUGUCAAGUGGAUUACAGAGCCAAAAUAUGGGCCUGCAACUUUUGUUAUCAAAGAAAUCCAUUUCCACCUCAGUAUGCAGCCAUAUCUGAACAACAUCAACCUGCAGAGCUGAUACCACAGUUUUCCACUAUUGAAUACACCCUAACAAGAGCCACCUGUCAUCCUCCAGUUUACCUGAUUGUGCUGGACACUUGCAUGGACGAGGAGGAUCUUCAGGCUGUGAAGGAAUCUCUGCAAAUGUCACUGAGCUUGUUACCUCCUAAUGCCUUGAUUGGAUUGGUCACGUUUGGUAAAAUGGUUCAGGUCCAUGAAUUAGGAUGCGAGGGAUGUUCCAAAAGUUAUGUUUUUCGGGGUACUAAGGACCUUACUGCAAAACAAAUUCAGGAAAUGUUGGGCAUUGGAAGAGCAACAGGAGGGGCUCCCCAGCAGCCCCGUGGUCCUCAGAACCCUCAGCAACAGUUCCAGCUCCCAGCUAAUAGAUUCUUGCAGCCUGUGCACAAGUGUGAUAUGAGUCUAACCGACCUGCUGGGAGAGCUACAAAGAGACCCAUGGCCAGUCAGCCAAGGGAAGAGACCACUACGCUCUACUGGAGUGGCUUUGUCCAUUGCUGUUGGAUUGUUAGAGUGUACCUACCCUAACACAGGUGCUCGUAUCAUGCUGUUCAUUGGAGGAUCAUGUACCCAAGGACCUGGUAUGGUUGUUGGAGACGAGUUGAAACAUCCAAUCAGAUCUCAUCAUGACAUUGAGAAAGACAACUGCAAGUACAUGAAGAAAGCAAUGAAGCACUAUGAGGCGUUAGCCAAUAGAUCAGCUCAGAAUGGUCAUGUGAUUGACAUCUACUCCUGUGCAUUGGAUCAAACAGGCCUACAUGAGAUGAAAUUCUGCCCCAAUUACACAGGAGGUCAUAUGGUGAUGGGAGAUUCCUUUAACACUUCCCUGUUCAAACAGACUUUCCAGAGAGUGUUCUCCAAAGAUGGGAAGGGAGAGUUCAGGAUGGCAUUUGGGGCCAACCUGGAGGUCAAGACAUCCCGGGAGUUGAAGGUAUCGGGUGCUAUCGGCCCAUGUGUCUCUUUGGGUAUAAAGGGCCCCUGUGUGGCAGACACAGAGCUGGGCCUGGGGGGCACCAGUCAGUGGAAGCUCUGCGGGAUCUACCCUAACUCCACCAUGGCCAUAGCGUUUGAGGUUGUCAGUCAGCAUAAUGCCCCUAUUCCACAAGGGGGUAGAGGCUACAUUCAGUUUAUCACCCAGUAUCAGCACUCCAGUGGUCAGAAGAGAGUUAGGGUCACCACUGUGGCCAGGAACUGGGCUGAUGCCAGCACUAACAUCCAGCACAUCUCUGCUGGGUUUGACCAGGAGGCAGCUGCCGUGCUCAUGGCCAGGAUAGCUGUGUUCAGGGCAGAGACAGACGAUGGACCUGAUGUGUUACGCUGGCUGGACAGGAUGCUUAUCAGGCUGUGUCAGAAGUUUGGUGACUAUCACAAGGACGACCCUAACAGUUUCCGCUUCUCCGAGAAUUUCUCCCUGUACCCUCAGUUCAUGUUUCAUUUGAGAAGGUCCCAGUUUUUACAGGUGUUCAACAAUAGUCCUGAUGAGACAUCCUACUACAGACAUAUGCUGAACAGAGAGGACCUGACCCAGUGCCUGAUCAUGAUUCAGCCUAUCCUGUAUGCCUACUCCUUCAGUGGACCACCAGAGCCGGUUCUGUUGGACUCCAGCAGCAUACAGCCUGAUCGCAUCCUGCUCAUGGAUACAUUCUUCCAGAUUGUCAUAUACCAUGGAGAGACAAUAUCGUUAUGGAGAAAACAAGGCUACCAGAACCAGCCAGAGCAUGAGAAUUUCAAACAGUUAUUGCAUGCCCCUGUGGAUGAUGCUCAGGAAAUCCUACAGACACGUUUCCCCAUGCCUCGUUACAUAGACACAGAUGCUGGUGGAUCACAGGCCCGUUUCUUGUUAUCCAAGGUCAACCCAUCCCAGACGCACAACAACAUGUAUGCAUAUGGACAGGAUGCUGGAGCACCAGUGUUGACAGACGAUGUGAGUUUACAGGUAUUCAUGGACCACCUGAAGAAGUUAGCGGUGUCCAGCUCCUCAUGACGACCAUCACCAAGCCUUCCCACCCACAUGAUCAAUACAAACAGGCAGACGGACACUGCGACAGAAGGCCUUGUCACGGGUCCUCCAAGUCUAACCGUUAACACAUCCUCCAGCCCAGACAUCACUUCUCAUGAGCAAAGCAUAACACUUAUAUAGCUCACACCAAAAUCGUCAGUCUUAACAUCAACUACAAAACAUUGUGCUAAUGUCAAGUUGUUAAUUUAUCAACUAUCAUUUAUAGUAUAUUCCUCCAAAGAUUUCAGGACUUUGGUUUUAAUGAUAUACUUUCUUAUUUGUAUUUAUAUAUUAGUCUUAUGUGUCAUGUGUUUCAGGGUAUGUUAUUAUUAUGAUCAUUACCUGAACCAGUUUUAAUCCUCAGAUCACAGCUAUGGCCAGGUAUUUGUGUGUAGAUUUUGUCUUCUGUUCCGCAGUGUAAUAAAGUGGGAAGGCUUGCUCUGUAUGUGUAGGCCAGUCAGCAAUACAAAUCUUCUGUAGUAUAUACUGGUGUGCUCUAGAUCAGAUACUUAUUUUGACAACUAUGCUAUUAAGAUGUGACGUUCUUUUGACGAAUGAUCUUUUUUAUUUAUCCCUGAUAAAGGAGCUUACUAUGUACCAGAUAAAUCCUUAGAAGCUGACUAUAACAGUGACGUACGUUGUAGCAGGUUCAUAUUGCACCAAUGAAUACACAGUACAUCUAUCAAUUGUAAUCAAAACCUUGAUCAACUGUCAAAUGUCCACUAUACUUGUAAAUAGAGAAUUUCCGCUGAUAUAUAUAUGUGUAUUUUAUUUAUGAGGGUAUUAUGUCACAAAGGAAUAUGUUUAUGCACCCACUCCCUGAUUAUUUCUGAAGUAUGUGAAUAAGCACAUCUGUACGUGGGAAGGUCUGUCAGCAACCUGUGGAUGGUCAUGGGUUUCCCCUCAGACUCCGGUUUCCACCCACCAUAAUGCUGGCCGCUGUCCUAUAAGUGAAAUAUUCUUGAGUAUGGUGUAAAACACCAGUCGAAUAAAUAAAUGAUAAGCGCAUCUGGGAUGCUACAUGUAGCUAAGUUUUGUGGACCUUACCUAUUGUUUGCAGCCUUCCUACCAACAAAACAGUUUCCCACUAACAUACAGAUUUUCUGUGUAAGUUCUGGUCAUUCUUGGAUCCACUUUUCUUCCCUUCACUAUGGUCAAACUGACCUAUUAUAAGACGCAGUUAUUAACGCUUACUUAAUAAUGGCCUGUGCAUAUGAGUUGUUAAGUUGGUUACUUCCUUACUUAUUAAUUGCAGCCUUCAUAACAUUAAGAGGGAAAUAGAGGGUGCAGUAGACACCUGUACAAAGACAAUUGAAAACUGUAUCUGAAAAUAACUAUUUUCUUUUAGAUUUUAUUGUUUUCACUGAAUUAAAUGCUGUCAAGUGAUUUUACGGUGAGCUUUAUGGACCAUAUUAAUUACCUCAUAUUCGCUUUUUCAAGCACAUGUGCACAUGAAUAAAGUUCACAAGAAAUUUAUUCAUACCUGAAUAGAAAAGUUUACAGAAAGUUAUUGGCAACAUACAUUACCAAUGUGCUGUAGGAAGUUCGUCUCAGAAUUUAAAUAUUUGACUUCAUGUUAUGACUUCAGUGAAAAAAAAAAUAUAAGUAGAGGUAUUUCAGAUUAUGAAAUUCUGCUGAGAGAAUAUCUUGUUACCAGAUGCAUAUGUAAGUCUCACUUGUAACUAGGAACCUGUAGCAUGUCUGGUUUGGUUGUGUCUUAAAAAAAGCCAGUUUUCUUCUCCCCUGAUUCAAGUCCAACUGACCCAUCACAGAACCUGUAACAUGUCUGGUUUGGUUGUGUCUUAAAAAAAGCCAGUUUUCUUCUCCCCUGAUUCAAGUCCAACUGACCCAUCACAGAACCUGUAACAUGUCUGGCUUGGUUGUGUCUUAAAAAAAGCCACUUUUCUUCUCCCCUGAUUCAAGUCCAACUGACCCAUCACAGAACAGAGUAUUAAAUGUAUUAACUCUCCAUCCUGCUCACAUGUGUGGUACUUUACCACCCAUCCCCACAUAAUGUAUUUAAACGCUUCAUUUACCUUCUAAAAUGGCCCAACCUUCUAAAAUAUGAAAGUUACCUAUUGUUACAUGUAUAUUGUUGUAUUUGUCAAUGUGUGUGUUUAAGGAGUUCAUGCAGAUGCUUUGUUAUGUUUUAUUUACAUGUAUUGUGUGACUGCUAUUGCUAAAAUCUCUACAUGCUUCAUUCUCUGUUAGGCUCUAGUGUGCUGAUCUGUUAUUGUUCAAUACACUCCUGAUUUUCUCAGCUGUCACACUACAUGUCUGAAGUAAGUUCAUUCUUGUGUUGAAAUAAAAAAAAGUUAUAAAUCUAGGUUGCCAAUGUUCAAUAGAGUGUAUCAUCUCCAUUGUUAUAAUUCAUUUGCUGGAAACAUAAAACAUUAUUUAUAC